AUGCUGUCUGUGAGACCGGUUCAAGAUAGACUCUACAAUUUUAAAUUUCUAAAGGAGAAAUUUGAGAAGACGAGGCCUGUCGGCGGGCUCCAGCGCAGCGCGACACAUGCCGAGAUGCCGCACCGCGGGGGCACCAUUGCCGAAAGGCUGGCGGCUCUCCAGGCAGCCGGCGCGAACGACUGGCGUGCGAGGGUUUGCCGCCUGAGUCCUGAAAAGGAGGACUCCAAGGCCAUCGAGAGGGCCAAGAACAGGAUUAAUGAAACUCUGAAUGCGGCUGUUGAUGAAAAGAAAAAAGUCCAGAUAGAUGACAACGAAUUGGGUCAGAACAUUCUAGCCGAUAGGCGAAACAAGCUAGAGACAGCCGCUCAGGGAUGGCGCAAGCGCGUGCCUCAGAACGAUGCGAAUAUGUUCACCGUAGCGGGACGGUUAGAGCGAGACAAAGUGCCGACAGCGACUCCCCCUCUCACUCCCCCGCCGGUGACGCCGCCCACGCCCCUCGCUCCGCCCACCACUGUCGCUUCGCCCGCUGUAACCACACCCGCUGUGCCAACACCGAACAAGUUCAGAUCACGCAAGCAGAACUCGCCUACGAACGGUUUCGGGUCCGGACCUCUGCGGUCCGCUUCAUGCGCGGUAGUGAGCGCGGUCGUGAACAAGCCCAGCGAGCCCGCGCGGUACGACCGAGACUCGUUCAAGCGGAGUCACUCGGUCAGCGAAAAUAUCACCGGCCGACUAGACGAAAGCGAGGAAUCCCCGGGCGCCGAGAAGACUGGGUGUCCCGUGUUAGUGCCGCGAGCGGACGACGAGACUUUCCACGCGUUCUUCGCGCCAUUGCAACAACAGAAUCAAACCCAGUACCACGAGGAUGUAGACCUGGACGCCAUCGAUAGCGGCUCUAGGCAACUACUUGCCAGCGAGUGGGCGCGACGUGCCAAACGUGAGAGGCGACACGUUGCAUCCAGGAAUCCUCUACGAGCUCUGGCGGCGCGCACUGAUAUACGUCAGGAAUAUUUACCGCCCCCUUCAACAAUACGAGAUCAACUUAUCAAAGAGAAAGUGACGGCGAACUGUGGUCUAGCAGCGGAAGCGCUCGCUGCGCUGGCUACGAAGGAGGACUUCUCUAACGUGGCGCUGCGCAGCGCAUCCGCUGCCAGCGUGCCCGCGCUUGCGUAUGCGCACGCGCAGAAACCGCUCAUGCUGCUCCACGUCAAGGGCAGAAGACGAAUUCAGACGAGACUCGUGGAGCCAGUGCACACAAAUGUGAACAGAGGUGAUUGCUUCAUCCUCACAACCACUGAACAAGUGUAUCUCUACAUUGGUCUCUAUGCCAACGUCAUAGAGAGGAAUAGAAGCACCGACAUUGCUCUCCAUAUUCACAAAACCAAAGAUCUAGGCUGCAAAUCUUUAACCGACAUCAUAAAGAUAGACGAACAAACCAAAAACUUCUCGAAAAAGCAUUGGAACCAAUUUUGGUCACUCCUCGGCGUUACAGAGUCCGUAGAAGAUUACAAACCCGUCGAAACCGGCCACGCCGACGAAGACGAAAUCUACGAAUCCUGCAUAGUCCAAACGAACAUGUGCUACGAGGUCAUAGACGAUGAAUUGGUCCCUAUAAAGGAGUAUUGGGGUCAAAUGCCAAAGAUAGCAAUGUUGAACCAAUCGAAGAUCAUUGUGUUCGAUUUCGGCUCUGAAAUGUACAUUUGGUACGGGAAGAAUGUACCUCUAGAAAGUAGAAGAAAAGCUGCUCAACUAGCUCAAGAGCUGUUCGACGAAGGGUACAAUUAUGAAGAGUGCCAUAUCAAUCCUCUAAACGCAGCAACCCAUCAAGGUGCAAGAGAUUUAGAAUCCAAUGGCGUAAUUAAAACAUCUAAAACUCGUCCCGAAUGGGCAAUCCUAUCAAAAGUGACCCAACACAUGGAAACUAUACUGUUCAAAGAGAAAUUCCUCGACUGGCCUGAUUACACGCGAGUGAUUAAAGUGAAACCGGCUGAAAACAAAUCCAAUUCAGUAGAAAUAACCCCUUGCGACGCCGAAGAGAUGUGGUCGAAUGAAUACCAGGAUCCUGAUCUCAUUUUAGAAGGAUCCCAUAUCGGAAGAGGCACGCAUUACUACGACAAAGAAACCAUGAGACACUACAAUAUUAAAACUAAGACCGUAUCGAAAUGGGUUAUACAGGAAUACGACUUCCAGAAGGUCGAAAACGAUUCGGAAAUUGGGGAAUUUUUCUCUGGUGAUAGUUAUAUUAUCCGUUGGGAGUAUCAGAUAACGGUUACCGGUCGAGAAUUAAACGGGAAACCAUCGAAGCAUAACGUGACUGGGCGUGAUAGAUGUGCUUACUUCUGUUGGCAAGGUAAAGACGCUUCGCCUAACGAAAAAGGGGCAGCUGCUUUACUCACCGUGGAAUUGGAUAGAGAGAAAGGUCCCCAAGUUAGAGUAGCGCAAGGAAACGAACCGCCAGCAUUCCUUAACUUGUUCCAAGGCAAUUUAGUAAUCCAUCAAGGGAAGCGAGACACAGAUAAAAGCAGAUAUCGUUUGUUCGUAACCCGAGGGAAUCUCUCCAACGAAGCUUAUUUACUCCAAGUGCCGUGCUCAGUGCGACAGUUGCGAAGUCGAGGUUCUUUAUUAUUGGCAGACACGGAGAAAGGUCGCCUUUACAUAUGGCACGGAGCGAGAAGCUUGAAACACACUAAAAACAUAGCUAUAGAGCUUGCGAACAAACUGAUUGCUAGGAAAUGCAGUUAUCUGUUUAAGGAGAACGCUUCCAAUGUCGAAAUUACUGAAGUGAAAGAGGGGGAGGAGCCUAAGGAAGUGUUAGAAGCGUUGGGUGUUGCUAAUAAGCAACAUUAUAGUUCUGUUCUGGGGGCGGGUAUAGACGUGGGGGGCGAUUGUAGUCCCAGAUUGUUCCAUUUCACUGAUCUCGGGGGUCAAUUCGAAGCGAAUGAGGUGCUGUCGCCGCUGAGACACGAGAAUCUGGUGACACCCUUCCCUUUUGAACAAAAGGAGUUGUAUUCUGCUUCGCAACCAGCCCUGUUUCUUUUGGACGACGGCAAGAUAGUGUGGCUGUGGCAAGGGUGGUGGCCGCGUGGAGAGGAUGGAGAGCUUGAACCAGCUGAGAGGAACGCCGGCGUGGGCGCGUUCGCUGCGCGGUGGCAGAGCAUGCGCGCGGCGGCGUUGCGCACGUGCGCUUCGUACUGGCGGGUGGCGGGGCGCGGUGACGUCACCGCCGCCGACGUGCGCGUCAUCGCCGCCGGACUGGAGCCGCAACAGUUUACCGACCUAUUCGACACGUGGACGGAGCACGACGACGCCGCGGACGCUAACAUCGCGCACGGGUAUAAGGCCGGCGACGCGAUAUCCGGUGAAUAUGAGCUGUCUCGUCUCACCAGUAAAGCGGCGGUACUUCCACUAGCUGAGUUACAACAGAGACCGUUACCUGAACACGUGGACCCUAACCAUCUCGAGCGGCACCUCUCCGAUACAGACUUUCGGGAGGCCUUCGGAAUGACCAAAGAGGAAUUCUCCGCGCUGCCCGCAUGGAAACAAACCAACAUGAAGAAGGACGUUGGUCUAUUUUGA